AUGCGGUUAGGGGAUAAUGCAGGUGCAAGGAAACUCCUGCAGGAGAAAGCUACUGUGUCAAUCGCACAGACCAGAGCCGACUCCCGUGCGGAAGCAAACAUCACUCUGGCAGCCAAGCUCAGCGACAUUUUAAGAGUCCGACAGACUAAGCUGAUCAACCUGUACUCCAACAAGAAGAGACUAAAAGAGGGGGCCGUGGGGCUUUCAGUCAGCCCUGAUGCAGCCAUCUCUCAUGGGCCACGACCAGCAGCGCCCAUACCCGCAAUCAACAACGCACGACACCAGGACAGGAGCAGUGGCGAUGGGAACCCCUCGGCGCCUGGCUCCUUGGACGAUUCGCCCAGCUGGGAGGACGAUUACGAAAGCCUGGCUCGUUCCCUAACAGAGCAGCCCUUCCCCUGUGAGGAGGAUUUGGAGGUCGCCUUUUUGGCCUUGGAGCGUAAGUCUCUGGAGCGCAUGCUGGAGAUUUCUCCAAGAACAGGUGGUGCUCCUCCAUGGAGGGAAAGGAAGCCAAGAUGA